AUGGAAAACGUUUUAAACAUUCACGCAGGAGUACAGUUUGAUGAGUCUGUUUCACAUUACGAGAUUCACGCUCAUCAACCAUACGCAUCCUCCUCAUCUUACAACAACAGCGAUGAAAUAAGAAUUGUCAUUCAACAUCAAGAUUUGUGUAUUCUACCCAGCAAAAGUACUUUACACAUAUCUGGACGUUUAACAAAAGCUGAUGGAGUUACGGCAACAGCAGCAACAUCUCUAGUUACCAACGCCAUCUGUUUUCUAUUUGAUGAUAUUCGCUAUGAGCUCAAUGCUAUAGAGAUUGAUCAUUGUAAAAAUGUUGGUCUCACAAGCACGAUGAAGGGAUAUGUAUCACUUACGUUGGGACAACGUAAUAUCAUAGAGAAUGCAGGCUGGAUCGAUACAACACUUGCAAAUAAUGAUGGAUAUUUUGAUGUCACAAUACCGCUAAGUUUGAUCUUAGGAUUUGCUGAAGAUUAUCGAAAAGUCAUUGUAAACGCAAAACAUGAACUCAUCAUGACGCGUGCACGUAGUGACAUCAAUGCAAUUAUUCAAGGACAAGACGUUGAACAAUUUAAGAUAACACUUUACAAGAUUGAGUGGAUGAUGCCAUAUAUAAUGGCUGCUGAUCGUCAUAAAAUACGUUUACUUCAAUCAAUUGAGAAAGAUUCAUUCAUUACAAUGAGUUUUAGAGCCUGGGAUUUGUAUGAAUAUCCUUUACUUCCCACCACCUCAAAACAUGUAUGGACAGUGAAAACGUCAACGCAACUUGAAAAACCGCGUUAUGUCUUGCUGAGUUUUCAAACUAGUAGAAAGGAUAAACUAAAGCGGUAUGCUAAUCGCUUUGACCACUGUGACAUUACAAAUGUCAAAUUAUUUUUAAAUUCUCAAUACUAUCCCUAUGGAAAUUUAAAUUUGGAUAUUGAACACAAUCAAUUUGCAUUGUUGUACGAGAUGUAUGCAAACUUCCAACGCAUUUACUAUGAUAAAGAGCCAGAACCUUUGUUAAAGAAAAUUGAUUUCAAGGAUGCUGUUCCAUUAAUAGUUAUCGAUUGUUCAAAGCAAAAUGAAUUUCUUAAGCAAGCUUCAGUAGAUGUGCGUUUGGAGUUUGAGUCAAGAAACAAUUUUCCUGCUGAAACUGCAGCCUACUGUCUAAUUAUACACGAUCGUAUUAUCCAAUACAAACCAAUCAGUGGAGAAGUUAAAAAACUUGUUUAA